UCAAUACUAGUGCGUGUCUUCAUGAAAAGCAUAAUUCCUGGUGCUAAUGCACCGAAGGUGACUGUUCCUAGUGGUAUAGUAUUACUGCAUCAAUCUCCGAUUUCAGAUGGAGUUCCCGCGAGUUCAAACUUUGCUCUAAAACUAGAAACUUACCUUCGAAUGGCGGAGAUCCCUUACGAAAAUUCUUUCGUGCCCAAGAAUUCUUCUAAAGGAAAAAUUCCAUGGAUCGAAUACAAUGGAAAAAAGAUCGCAGAUUCGAACUUUUGCAUUUCGUUUCUGAAUGAAGAAUUCAAAGUUACUUUGGAUAACAAGCUCAGCAAAUCAGAGAAGGCUGUAUCUCAUGCUCUCAAAAGUAUGGUGGAGGAGAACACUUAUUGGACAUUGAUGUACUAUCGCUGGAUUGAUGCCGUAGAUUUGACGUCAAGACUUUACUUUCCAAAAGCCUCACAAAGGAAAUGGGACUUCUUCUUUUCAAUGUUCCAGCGCACUAUUAAAGAGUACCUAAAUGGGCAUGGUAUGGGCCGUCACAAUAAAGAGGAAGUUUAUUCCAUUGCAAAGAAAGACUUGCAGACCUUGUCCGAUUAUCUGGAUGUCAAACCAUUUGUCAUGGGCCAGGAGCCUACAACUGUGGAUGCGACAGUGUUUGGUCUUUUGGCAGAAUUUGUCUGGCAGGACAAGGCCUCCCCACAAAAUGCAGCAAUUCACAAGGAUUUUAAGAAUCUGUUAGGUUAUUGUGAGAGAAUGAAAGAGAAAUAUUGGCCAGACUGGGAUGACACAAUUGCACAUAGAAAAAAAUUUCACUCUGAAGCUUAAGUACCACAGACAAAGAAUAUUUUCCUAAUCAUGCACGCACAUUGAGGUACACUGUACGUGUUACAUCUGAUGACCCUGAACAUGUAAAAAUUAUGUUCUUCAACUCUUUCUACCUUAACUUCAGGAUAAAUGUUCUCCAUACU